AUGGAACCAAGCAAUGAGUUGGAGUUUGAAAUAAAAGAAGCUGACAAUCAAAGGUUGUACCAAAAUGAACAAACUGAUUUGGAGUUUGAGGACAUCAAUAAAUGGGAAUACGGAGUUCAAGUUGUAAGUAAUGAACUUAACAUUCAGGAUCAAAAUGUCACACAAGCUGCUGCAAGGCAGGAAUUUUCAAGCCCAAGGUCUAUACAAGUGCAGGUUGAGGAGAUAAAUUCUGUUGCUCAAAAUGGUCGAGCCCCAGUUUUGCAAGUAAUCGAAGAAACUGGAAUCAGGAGAUUCGACAGUAGAUUAUGCACGGAAGAAACGGCAGACUCCAUUUAUGGCAAGUUUUCUUUGCCAACCCUUAUGAUUGGUGGGAUAAUAGGAAGAGUAAACCUCAGCAAAAUUAUCCAGACAUUAAGCACAAGGAUACUGUUGACGUCUGGAUCGAACAACAACUCCAAUUGUAAGAUUAUAGAUCGAGGGAAUGAAGUCCCGAAAACACAUUAG